AUGAAAUGUGAUAAACCUGCAAGACUGCGCGGGCAACUGAUCUAUAAACUGAAAGAAGACGAAGUUUGUUUUAAUAAAACGAUAUUGAAUGAAUGCAAACUUCAGAUUGAUCAAUGUCAUCACCAUGCAGACUGUCACGAUCAAAACAAAGGAUAUAGGUGUUCUUGUCAAACUGGUUUUACCGGAAGUGGAUGGAACUGUUCUGAUAUCGAUGAAUGUCGACAAACUGGAGUAUGUUCGAAAGCAAACACAAAAUGUGUGAACACAUUGGGAACGUACUUGUGUUACUGUGACAGAGGUUUUAUGCUAAAAAAUUCAAAAUGUGAAGACAUAAACGAAUGUAGUGAAGGUACAGCGACAUGUCCCCAUCAUGCUAUUUGUAAGAACACAAAAGGAAGUUAUACUUGCAAUUGUAAAAAUGGUUAUGUUGAAAAAGACAGUAAAAAUUGUGUAAAAAAAGAAAUCGUGACAUGCAGUAGUUCACCUGGCCCAUGUGAUUUUGUGACGGAGGAUUGCAUACAAGGACAGUCUUCGGGAAGAUAUAAUUGUCGGUGUAAGAAAGGUUUUAUGAGAUCAGGAAAUGGGGUUUGCAAGGACAUCAAUGAAUGCAUGACAAAAAACGAUCUAUGCAAUUCGCUGGCAAAAUGCAACAAUACAAAGGGAUCUUAUGAAUGCAUUUGUCGUCGAGGAUACGAAAGACAAGAGGAUGUUUGUGCAGACAUUGACGAGUGUGCAGCAGGAAUGGAUAACUGUCACCGUGAUGCAGUUUGCAUAAAUAACAUAGGAAGCUACACUUGCAUAUGCAAGGCAGGAUUUCUGCAGUAUGAAAAUGGAAGACUCUGUCAACAAGAAAAAGGGUUUUACAUGUUUCCAUGGAGAAAAUGUCGGAAAUUUGCGUUUAAUCGUAAAAAGUUGUUUUGUGACAAAAUGGGAGCCAAAUCUGUUCCGUACCACAUAUUUGAAGCACCUUAUAAAGUGAUUAAACUUGCCAAAAAUCCAUACGUUUGUGAUUGUCAAAUAAGUUGGUUCCUAAGAAAGUUGCGUUUGAAAGAUUACACGCAGAAAAUCAUCGAUCUCAAAAGGAUGAAAUGUCAUAAACCUAAAAGACUGCGCGGGCGACUGAUCUAUGAAUUGAAGGAAUUUGACGUAUGUCCCUAUAGAGUACCAAACAGGAACGAAUGCAAACUUCAGAUGGAUGAAUGUCAUCAACAUGCAGACUGUCACGACCAAAGUGUAGGCUAUAAAUGUUCUUGUCAAACUGGCUUUACCGGAAAUGGAUGGAACUGUUCGGAUAUCGAUGAAUGUCGACAAACUGGAAUAUGUUCGAAAGCAAACACAAAAUGUGUGAACACAUUGGGAACGUACUUGUGUUACUGUGACAGAGGUUUUAUGCUAAAAAAUUCAAAGUGUGAAGACAUAAACGAAUGUAGUGAAGGUACAGCGACAUGUCCACGUCAUGCUAUUUGUAAGAACACAAAAGGAAGUUAUACUUGCACUUGUAAAAAUGGUUAUGUUGUAAAAGACAGUAAAACUUGUGUGAAAAAAGAAAUCGUGACAUGCAGAAGUUCGCCUGGCCCAUGUGAUUUUGUGACGGAGGAUUGCAUACAAAGACAAUCUUUGGAGAAGUAUGUUUGUCUGUGUAAGAAAGGUUUUACGAAAUCAGGGAACAGACUUUGCACAGACAUCGAUGAAUGCAUUGCAAAUAACGAUACAUGCAAUUCCCUGGCAAAAUGCAAGAAUACACAUGGAUCUUACGAAUGCAUUUGUCCUGAAGGUUAUAGAAAAGACGAAAAUACUUGUGAAGACAUUGACGAGUGUGCAGAAGAAUUGGACAACUGUCACCGCGAUGCAGUUUGCAUCAAUAGCAUAGGAAGCUACACCUGUAUAUGCAAGGCAGGAUUUCAGCAAUUUGAGAAUGGAACACUUUGUCUGAAAGGGGAAAAAGCAAUAGGUACAAACGAAUGCAAACUUCAAAUUGAUGAAUGUCAUCAGCAUGCAGACUGUCACGACCUAUAUGUAGGCUAUAGAUGUGUUUGUCGAAGAGGUUUUACUGGGGAUGGAUGGAACUGCUCAGAUAUCGAUGAAUGUCAAGAAGAUGAUGUAUGUCAGAAUGAUUUGAGAAAAUGCGAGAACAUAUUGGCAAUGUACGCUUGUCCCUGCGAUAGAGGUUAUAAAGAAGGAGGUUCAGGGUUAUGUACAGACAUAGACGAGUGUUCUGAAUUCACAGCGACGUGUCCGCGUCAUGCUAUUUGUAAGAAUAACAUAGGGAGUUAUACUUGCACUUGUAAAAAUGGUUAUGUGAAAAACGACGAAGGCAAUAUCUGUACGAAAAAACCAAAGACAUGCAGAAGUUCACCUGGCCUAUGUAAUUUUGUGACGGAGGAUUGCAUACAAGGACAAUCUUUGGGAAAGUAUGUUUGUCGCUGUAAGAAAGGUUUCACAAGAUCAGACAACGGAGUUUGCACAGACAUCGAUGAAUGCAUUUCAAACAAUAAUCCAUGCGACUCGCUGGCAGAAUGCAAGAAUACACAGGGAUCUUAUGAAUGCAUCUGUCCUCAAGGAUACGAAACGCAAAAUAAUCAUUGCGAAGACAUUGACGAGUGUGCAGCAGGAAUGGACAACUGUCAUCGCGAUGCAGUUUGCAUCAAUAACAUAGGAAGUUUCUCCUGUCUGUGCAAGGCAGGAUUUCUUCACUAUAAGAAUGGAAGACUUUGUCUUAAAGAGCAGCAAGAGAAUUCCAGCACCUUAGCAAUGAUUAUUUUAGCCUGCAUGAUGUUCGCAGGACUUCUGGGUACAAUCAUUUUAUUCAACCUGUGCAGUGAAAAAACAGAAACAAAGCAGACAAGAGUGAGUAAGGUCAAAUCAAGAUUCAACUGGCUUUCCCACUUCAUGUUCCCUCAAACUAAUGUAAACAGCAUACCAACCAAUGACUCGAUGAUGAGCGUUUGGUCAGAGAGUGACGACGAGAAUGUUCUUUCGACUAAUCCUUACAACUGCAACUGCAAAAUGCAUUGGUUCAUUACCGAAGUUCGUUUAAACUAUACUAAAGUAAAAGAGAAAGUAGGGUAUCUCAAAGAUAUGAGAUGCGAUAAGCCUGCAAGAUUGCAUAGAAAACGUAUUUAUAAACUGAAUGUUAGCGACGUUUGUCCUAAUGGAGUACCAAAUAGAGACGAAUGCAAACUUCAGCUUCACGAAUGUCAUCAGCAUGCGGACUGUCGUGACCUACCGAGAAGUUAUAGCUGUUCUUGCAGACCUGGUUUUACGGGAAACGGAAAGAGCUGUUCUGACAUAGACGAGUGUAGUGAAGGUACAGCAACAUGUCCUCGUCUCACCGUUUGUAAUAACACUGAAGGUGGCUACAACUGUACUUGCAAAGCUGGAUAUGUUAAAGACGACACUGAACAUUGUGUGAAAAAAGAAAUGUGCAGCGGCCUGUCCAACCCGUGUGAUCGUGAGACAGAGGAGUGCUUUGAAGGAGAGUCUUUGGGAAACUACGUUUGUCGUUGUAAGGAGGGCUUUAAAUUAACAAAUAACGGACUUUGUGAAGCAGAAGAGUCAAAGCUUGAAGACACACCUAUCAUUAUGUACAUCGUCGCUGUGUGCGUCUUGAUCAUUUUGAUCCUGGCGAUGAUCAUUAUAAUCAUAUGUCUGAUUGGAGUGAAAAUGAAAAGAAAGAAGAAAGGUUCCAACAAUAAUGACAACUCGGGGGAGUCUGACUCGUGGUUUUCCUAUCUAACGUUCCCCGAAGCUGACAUAGAUCAAAUUCGAAACCACGAUUACGAGUCUAUAACGACUUUGUAUCCAAUAAGUGACGAUGAGCGAUAAUUUUCACUGUAAUAAGUCUUAAUUUUGUGUAAAGGAUGAAGGGAUUUCAAUUCACAAUGUCAAAUAAAAAUUGUCCAUUUCGGUGAUGGAAUCCAGUA